AUGGUCAAGACUACUUACGCCCUUACGCUUUUUGCGGCCGUCAGCUUGGCGGCACCUGUUGCGCAGCUUACUGGCCGUGCUGAGAAGCAGGGUUCAGUUGAGCACAAGAACCUCAUUCAGGAUAUUCCCAUCCUUGGACCUAUGCUUGGAGGGAAGCAGGAGCAGGAUGCCAAGCGCGAUGAGUCUCAGCCUCAGCACCACAACAUCAUCGACGGGCUUCCGAUCAUUGGAAAGUUAAUUGGUAACCAGAACCAGCGCCGAAAUAUCGGUACAGAGGGUAUUAGUGGCUUGCCAAUCAUCGGAGGGCUGUUCGGGAAGCACACACACACUGGCGGUGAAAAUGGCAUGAACAAGCGCCGAAGCUUCGGUCAGAACUAUGGCCAGAACGCAGGUCAAAACCAUGGUCAGAAUGCUGGUCAGAACCAGGGUCAAAAUGAAGGCCAGAACAAGGGCCAGAACUAUGGUCAGAACCAGGGUCAAAACGAAGGCCAGAAUCAGGGUCAAAACGAAGGCCAGAACCAGGGCCAGAACUAUGGCCAGAAUGCUGGUCAGAAUGCCGGCCAGAACUAUGGUCAGAAUCAGGGUCAAAACGAAGGCCAGAACAAGGGCCAGAACUAUGGCCAGAACUAUGGUCAGAAUGAGGGUCAAAACGAAGGCCAGAACCAGGGCCAGAACGGAGGCGAAGACUGGAAGCGUGACCUUGAAAGCAGCCUCAGCAGCAUUCCCAUCGUCGGAGGUCUUCUCGGAAAGAAUCAGGAUAAACCUUCUCACCAGCAGAUCGAGACCCCUGCCAAGCAUCUCGAUACCCGCCAGGCGGGCCAUUCCAAGGGUGUCUUCGGUAUCCUGCAGUCUUUGACUAGCAGUGGUCCCAUUUCCAGCAGCCACAAGCGCGACGAGUUCGAGCAACUGGAUCUAGUGGACGAUGUCGUUGAAGGAGCCGUUGGGUCUGGAAUUGACGCUGCCUCUGGCAUGCGGAUGCGCCGUAAUGAGCUCGCUGCCCCCAAGGCUAGCAACGGCCAGCAGGGAAACCAGAAGGGAGCCGAGAACCAGAAAGGCAAGGAGAGCUCGAGCUCCGGCGGCCUCCUCGGCGAAUUAAUGGGCAAGAAUGGCCUCGGUGCCAUCAAGGGCCACUCCCAACACGGCGUUGGCCUCUUCCCCAUGCGCCGUGACGAAAAAGAGCUCGAGGCCCGGGGGCAAGCCCCCAUCCAGGGUUCCACCCUCACCGCUGUUCUACUCGAGGGUGGUGCUCUGGGAAAAGUCACUAAUAUGCUUUCUGGAGGUGCUAUGCCCAAGCCCGGUUCCAACUCCCCCUCUAAGAUCGGUGAUGGUUCUACUAUGGGUCCUCCCAACCCUGCAUCUGGUGCUGGUCCUCACUCUGGUCCCGGCCUUGUUGGUGAGCAGAAGAAGGGCUCUGGUGCUGUGUAG